AGCUAAUAUUAUCGCCCGUGGAGAGAGCGCUCUGCAUACCGGGGGAAAAAUUGCGAACCGCGCACUUGCGAACCAAUCUACGUCAUGUUCGACCAGAUCUUUCCAUAAACGUAAUUCAGAGUAGUCGGAUGCUAAUCGGGUUUACCAAGCCGAGACCGUCAACAAUUGGCGUCACCAGGUAAAUCAGUGCUGUUUUGUUAUAUUGAAUUGAGGCUGAAUUGAUUUCAUCCAUGCUCUUACCUCUUAGUCGUUGAUUUGGGGAUAGAGAUGCCGUAAAGGCAGCGUUUUAUGUGAAUUUUGUUCUUGGCUGAGGUUUGGAGGGUGAGGUUAGGGUUUGUUUAUUUCGUUUUUUGCGUUAGAUAAUGAAGGGGAGGGGGCAUCGGCUCCAGAGCGCGGACCUCCACCACCAUGAUGACUGGGUCGAUGGGUCAUGGACUGUGGAUUGCGUGUGCGGAGUCAAUUUCGACGAUGGCGAGGAGAUGGUGAACUGCGACGAGUGCGGGGUUUGGGUGCACACGCGAUGCUCUCGUUAUGUUAAGGGACAGGAUCUGUUCACCUGCGAUAAGUGUAAGGGCAAAAGCAACAGAAACGACAGCGUGGAGACAGAGGUAGCACAGUUGCUGGUUGAAUUACCUACAAAAACUGUGAGGAUGGAGAGUGCUUAUUCAGCAAAUGUGCCCGCGAGGCAAUCUUUUAGGCUUUGGACGGAUAUACCAAUGGAGCAUAGGGUGCAUGUACAAGGGAUUCCGGGUGGGGAUCCCUCUUUGUUCAAGGGUCUUUCUUCAGUUUUCACCCCGGAAUUGUGGAAGUGCACUGGUUAUGUGCCUAAGAAGUUCAAUUUCCAGUAUAAGGAAUUUCCUUGCUGGGAGGAGAAGGAGCCAGAUGUGAAAAAUGAACAAGAGAAUGAGAAUUUGAUUGAUAAGGGUGCGGGGGUUUUGUUUUCAUUGUCCAAGGAGAGUCUGUUAGCUGCUCCUGUGGCGUCUAUGGUUGGGAUGAGAGGAAAAAAUAAGGAAGAUGCUAGUGAGAGGAAGGAAUCUGCCAAAGAUAUGAAAAAGGAGAGUACCUUACUUGGGCCAUCUGUGAUGCAGUCGUGUAAGCGAAAGAAAGAAGACUUGUGGGCAUGGAAGGAUCAAAGUGGGAAAAAAAAGGCUAGGAAUGCUCACAAAGAGGCAGACGGAAAGAACGGAAGUGGGCAUGCUUCUAAAACAGCCACCAGUGAAGCAAAACAAGUGGAAUUUCAUGAAGACAGAGGUCCUAAAUAUAUCAAGACCAACGGUCAAUGUAAUAAGGACAAGCGUUUGAGGGACACUGUGACCCAAGAACCUGUGUCAGAUAAUCAUCUUGCAGUGGACAAUGGUGCUAAAGAGCCCAAAACCAAGUUGACAGCGAUUGAAUCUUCUUCAGAAGGAUUGUCUUCUGACAUAUCAGUGCGUAAUGCUUCAAUUGAAGCUGUUAAGGAGGAAGAUAAUGCUAUGGUGCAUCAAUCUUCUGCAUUGAUUGAUAAUCCUUCCAGGAAUGCUGAUUCGGCUCCAUCCUUGCUGAAAACCAAUGAUGUGGGUCACAUUUCUGUCAAACAAGAGGGAGAUGGCAUCAUGAUUGGAAAUGUAGAUGGUACUGUGGUAGGUCCUGAUGGAAGUACUGUGAAGCCCUGCGUUGAAGAUGUGGCUAUUGCUGCACAAGAGUGGAAUUGCAAGCAGGUUUAUCAAAUUCCUAAUGGUGACAUGUCUACAAGCUCCUUUGAGCCUCACAUUAUAGUGAAGGAGGAUUUUGAUGACAUGGAGAAUACUGGAUUGUCGUGUGAUCACACAUCAGAGACUUCGAAAGAGAAUAUUGUAGGGGCCACCGGACCAAAGUCCAAUGAUCCUAAGGUAAUAGAUACUGACAGAACUUCUGAAGCAUUCAAUGAUAGUCUGACAGAUAAAGCAGAUGAAUUUGCUGGUGAUCCUUGUCGGCUAACACAAGAGUUGGAAAAUUCAGAAGGUUCUAUGGCAUUGCAAAAUUGCCCGUCGGACCCAAAACAGGUAUCAGUGUAUGCAGAAGAGGUUUCAAAAUCUGUUGGAACUCUUUCAACCUCUCCAGCAUUGCCAAGUCAACACAAAGUGGUAGUAUGUGUAGGGAAACCUUCUUCCGCCUCUUCAAUAGCUGUGAUCUCCCGAACGUCUACUUCUGAAAACUCAAGACCUGCAGACACUCAUAAUUGUAAUCCUAUCAGUAAGCAACGAGUAAGUGACUGCAAUAUUGGCAGUAAGAAAAAUUGUUCUGCUAGUGAUAUUGGGGAUGAGGUCAGGCGUGACAUCUCAAGAAAAUCAGAAAAGGAACGCUCAAGAUCGUCUCUAAGUUGUUCUUCAAAGGCAUCACAUUCAAGCAAAAUUUCACACGUGCCUGUACCCAAGCAAAUUGAAACAAAGGACAACUUUGUUCACUUGUCUAAGACAUCUUUGCCACAGAGCAUAGCACUUACUUCGGUAUCUGGCGAGACUGGUGGAUCACCUCAAGUUCAGUGUGCUUCACAUGAACAAAAUAAGAUAUCAACUUCAGGUUCAUCACAGAGAGGUGACAGAUAUAAUCAUUCAAAUCCCCAACCAUCAUCUAAGAUGAAUCAUGUACCACCAAUGCAUCCUUCCGUCCCUUCAAAUUCAAAUGCUGGUCUAAGUGAUGAAGAGCUUGCUUUGCGUUUGCAUCAAGAACUCAACAGUUCUCCUAGGGUACCCCGGCCGCGAGUUCGUCAUGCUGGUAGCUUACCGCAGCUGUCUUCCCCAACUGCAACAAGCAUGCUAAUAAAGCGUACAUCUAGUUCUGGUGGAAAGGAUCAUAGUUCGGUAUCUAGAAGAAAAUACAAAGAUACAUCCAAAGAUGGCUUUCGCCGAUCUCAUGAGCUUGAACAUGAUGCCAGAAAGGCAGACAGAGGUCCAUCUUCACCUGAUCAGAGAAAAGAUAUGGGAUAUGCAGCUGAAUCUUCAUCUAAGAGGGAAGACAUUGGAUCGCAAGCUAGGUUACAUUCUGUCAAGAAAAACUUCCCAUCUUCAUCUGGUGCAACUGCAAAUAGUGGCCCAUCUUCCUUUGCCGGGGCGAAUGAUCACCAUGCAUCAUCUAUGCAUAAUUCACCUAGGAAUUUUUCCGAUGAGGAUACCGGCACCAUUAGGGAUCCUGUUCAUCGUACACUACCAGGCCUGAUCAAUGAGAUAAUGAGCAAAGGCAGACGCAUGACGUAUGACGAGCUUUGUAAUGCAGUUCUGCCGCACUGGCAUAACUUGAGAAAGCACAAUGGAGAGCGUUAUGCAUACUCAACUCCUUCACAGGCUGUUCUUGAUUGCCUGAGGAACCGACAGGAAUGGGCUCAGUUGGUAGAUCGUGGGCCUAAGACCAAUCCAAGUAGGAGAAGGCGCAAGUUCGAUGCUGAGUAUUCGGAGGACAAUGAGUAUGGAAAGGGAAGAUCUGUGAAUGAGCUAGACAGUAGAGGUUUUGAAUCACAAAGAGACGAGUUUCCCAAGGGUAAGCGGAAGGCUAGGAAGCGAAGGCGACUAGCCCUGCAAGGAAGAGGGGUAAAGGACCUCAGGAAAAGACAGAAGGUAGAUAUGCCAAGUGAUGAUGACAUUGGCUCAUUUUCCAAUUCAAGUGAGGAGAGUAAUUUCAGCGAGGACGAAAUUGAAGGUGGCGCACGCAAAGUAGGAACUGAGGCGUCUGCUAGCUCUGAUGAGGGAACCACAUAGUUUUCAUGGUCCAUUUCCUGGGUUUUAGUCUACAUCAAUGGUUUCAGUCCUAUGGCCUGAUGUGGAAAUUGUAACAGUAGUGUACAUAUUAAAUGUAAUUUUAGUGAUGAAAUUUAGAUGCCUUUUUGUUCUAAGAGGCAUGGCUAGCCCAUAUAGACUAGAUUGCAGGAGACUUGGGAAAAGCAUUAGGAUUUUCUUUUCUUUACCAUUAGCAUCAGGUUUCCUUGGUGUGCUAACAUUCUACUUGUCAAGCAUUGAUGAUGAUUUUUUUUUCCCCCUCAAGUUUGAUAUGUAAAUAUUUAAAAUGUGUUGUCUUAUUUCA